AUACUAUUUUUUUCUUAUCAUUCAAGGGCGAAAAGAACAAUGGAUUUGACGUGUUGUACCAUAACAUGAAGCAUGGUGUAAUCGCCAGCAAGGAAUUGGCUGAAUUUUUGCGAGAGAGAUCAGCCAUAGAGGAGAACAAUUAUAAGCUUCUUAGUAAGGUAGCAAAACAGGCGAGUAAUAGCACGCAAGGAACAUUCGCACCUGUAUGGGCCGCCUUGAGAGGCGCCGCCGAGAAACUCGCUGUUUUACACUUCCAAAUGGCCCAGCGAGUCUCCGAACUCAUAAAAGAUGUGUCAAAAUAUGCGGAUGAGCUACACAAGAAACAUAAGGCUGUGAAGGAAGAAGAAUCGUCUACUUUAGAAGUUGUACAAAGUAUACAGAGCAUUACGGUAACGUUACACAAGGCGAAGGACAUGUGUAUGCAAAAGCGCCUCGAAUUAGAGAAAUUGAAGAAGGACAAUGCCAGUCAGAGGGAGCUGGAGAAGGCGGAGGGCAAGUUUAAAAAGGCACAAGAUGAUUACAAGACGCUGGUAGACAAGUACACGGUCAUACGAAACGACUUCGAGGCGAAAAUGACUCAGGCUUGCAGGCGGUUCCAAGAUGUGGAGGAGACGCAUCUGAAGCACAUGAAGGAGUUUCUGAAUACGUACGCGGACGUUUUGCAAACCAAUCACGAGCAGGUCGGCCAGGUGCAUAUCGAUUUCAAACGGCAGUGCGUUGAUAUGACGGUGGAGAAGCUGUUAGAGCAAUUUGUUCAGAGUAAAUACACGGGUUUCGAGAAACCAGGUGUGAUCGAGUAUGAGGAAGUUAUGACGAGUUUAGCAGAAAUAACCAGCCACUCGCAGUCGGAAGGCAGCGUGGAGGCGUCUAAGGAAACAUCAAAGGGAACCAACGGCGAAACAGGCGUAGCCGGUAACAGUCACAGUUCAAAAAAAGAUCGGGGUUUAAAAGGGGAGGGUGGUACUUUGAGAGUACUGGACGGGGACAGGGGGAGGGUGAUAUUGGAAAAAGAUAGAGAAAAAGAAAGGCAGAAGGAAAAGGACAGAGAACUGUCUCAUGCACAAACCACCAAGGCUUCCCGCCGUACUACCUCGCUACUCAACCUGUUCAUGUCCAACUCCCAGGGGUUCCUACGCAGUAGGAGAGAAAAACGAAAGGAGAAGAAGGCGAAGAAGAAGAAGGACCUCAUGGACACGAGCAGCAACAAAGAAGAAAAGUCUGACCUGGAGGACAAGGAAGACAGCAGAAAAUCAGAAACGCCAACGCCGGAGGUGGAUGAGGAUGGUUUUUGUAUUAGACCGAAGCCAGAUCCGUGGGAAAACGAAAAGGGGUUCUAUUCCAGUUCAGAUACUGAUUCGGAGGAUGAGAGGGAACGUAAAAUUCGAGUGGAAAUAAAACCUCUCAGCAAUGGUGGUGCACCCAUGAGCGCUAGUGUGGACGAAUUGAGGGCGACAGUGGAAAAUUUAUCUUUAUCACCUGCACCAACAGGACGUAGAGGAUCGAAUACUGAUUCCGAUCAUCACAUGAAAAGGUCUCAGUCAGUGUCACAACAAUUAGGAGGUAAGCCAAGCUCAGAUUUACUUGGCCUAAACUUGUUCAAUCCUAGCAGUACGCCGUCGAGCGCAUCGACACCGACCGGUAGCCAUCCUUACGCCCCGCUGCAGAGCCCACCGCCACUUUCCACAUCGCCGACCCCAUCGCAGCCGCCGCCGCCACAAUCCGCGCCGCCUACACAUUCUCAUACCCGAUUCCCAAUAGAUGGGGAUUUAUUUUCGGAAGUUGGAGAUAUCACGCCGGCCUUACCGCCCAAGCAGUCCGCAUCCUCGACACCAACGGGAUCAAUCGUGAUACCUAGACCGCCGUCGCGUCGAGGAGAGGGUCCGUCGCCACGCGGCAGAAUGUCACCCGCAACGAUAUCCCGCGCCGACAGCGUCGCCAGCCUGGAAUUUCGCACCGCUGGCGUAGGCGUGGGCUCCUCGCGGGGACCAUCUCCACUCACGAUCGGCCUAGCUGACACCAUCCCGCUGGCGGUGGCGUUCCACGAGAUAGUGCAUUCCUACUUCCGCGGCACGGACGAGACCCGCUGCCAGGUGAAGCUGAGCGGUGAUAUGAUGCUCUCGUUUCCGGCCGGCAUCGUCACGGUCCUGGCGAAUAAUCCCAGUCCUGCCAAACUGACCUUUCGCGUGAGGAACACCAACAGGUUGGAGAGGUUGUUGCCGAACAGCCAGCUUAUCAGCAUGGACGCAACUCAGACUACCGUCGACAGUACAAUUUUCGAAUUCAACAUGAGUGCCUUAACUAUGUUGCUACGGCGGCAAGCUGAACAGAAUCCCUCGGCCUCGUAUUUCAAUGUGGACAUCCUAAAGUACCAGAUCAAAUGCAAAGAAGGCGCCAGCUCGUGCCCUUUUCAAUUAGUUGCAUAUUGGAAGUGUGAAACGGGUCACACCGAUCUCAAGAUCGAUUACAAGUACAACAGUCGCGCCAUGGCCUCACCGAGCCCCUUGUUAAAUCUCCACGUUGCGGCUCCCAUCGACGGUGGUUUCAAAUCGUUCAAUAGCAAACCGCCGGCACAGUGGCUGCCUGAUACAAAUCGCGUACUAUGGAAAUUCACGGAGCUUUCGCAGCACAGCGAGGGUAACGGAGUCGGAUCCCUGAAGGCACGAGUCGAGCUCGAACACGGCCCGGGCAGUCAGGGAACGAUAUUCACUCAAUUCAAUUGCGAAGGGACCACAUUGUCGGGUGUCGAAUUUGAGCUUAUAGGCUCUGGAUAUCGAUUGAGCUUGGUGAAGCGAAAAUUUGUAUCCGGAAAAUAUAUAUGUGACGGAGACUCGGAUUCGCGCUCGAGAUAUGCCACGCCGCCAUCUAAUGCAGAUUGACGACUUCCAGAAUGGGCGCCUCAAUGGGAGAGCCAGCCCAUUUAAUAUUGGUACUUGCUUAAUCAUUCACUGCCCAUAUCACGACUAUCGAUCGUUCAUGUUCCGAUUACGCGUGGAGAAGCUUGUUGGAUACCAAAGUGUGCAUCGGCCGAAGAUCAAACGGAUCUUUUUGUAAAAAUCAGGUAUUGCGAAACGUAGAUAGAAGUAAAGGCGUCUUACAGCCAAAAUAAUAUGCCUUCUCCGAUGAAAGGCAUACGAACUUGAAUCAUAUUCUCUGUGCGCAAGUCUUCAUUUGUAUUAGCCAUACUAUAUUUUAUCUCGACGAAAACAUACAAUUACAUACAAUUAGGAAAUUUAGGUUUAAGACAACAUGUUCAACACUAAAUGCGCUGCUAUUAAGUGCAAGUCGAUUAUUUACGACUUUGCGACUAGAACGAACAGAUAGAACCAAAAGUCCGACUUUAUGCAAGAUGCGCUACGACGAAUAUGCAUUCUAUGUGUUUUAUAUAUACUCGUAUAUUUUUUAAUUUUUUAUAUAUUCCCCGCAUUAGGGUACUACUAUACUAAACUAAUAAUAUUACUGUUUUAACGAAGUUUCUACGAUAGUAGAAUAUGCGAGCAGUCAUUUUCGUCGAACGAGAGAGAUUCUCACACGAAGAUCUUUGGUGUCCAGCAUACUCUCCGACACGGUAACUUCCGCCAUUUGACAAUUUUUCUCUCUCUUUCUCUCUACAUAAUCAAAAUACGUCGCGGCGUUUUUAAUUAUCUUUUGAAACAAUGUACAAUGCUCUUUAGUUUAUUGUUACGUUCUACAUUAUUUUAAUGCAAUAUGUUAGCAUUAUGUAUGGUUAGUAACAGCGCGGAAGGAUAAAAAAUAUAAACGACAUAUAAAUGCCGAGUAAGUAUA